AUGUUUGGCAUCGUGGCUGCCCUCGACGCCCCGCCCUCUCUAACAGGAGCAGGAAGCCAGUGGCGUCUGGUCCAGCUGCAGGAGGCACCCAGCAGGAAGCUCUUGAUGUCACCUCUAGAAUUACCGGGAAAAAUAAGGAGAUGGCUCUUCAAUUUCCUCUUACCCUCCUCCUCUUCCGCCCCCUUCUCCCACCUCCUCUUCCGCCCGUUCUCCCACCUCCUCUUCCGCCCGUUCUCCCACCUCCUCUUCCGCCCGUUCUCCCACCUCCUCUUCCGCCCGUUCUCCCACCUCCUCUUCCGCCCGUUCUCCCACCUCCUCUUCCGCCCGUUCUCCCACCUCCUCUUCCGCCCGUUCUCCCACCUCCUCUUCCGCCCCGUUCUCCCACCUCCUCUUCCGCCCCCUUCUCCCACCUCCUCUUCCGCCCCCUUCUCCCACCUCCUCUUCCGCCCCCUUCUCCCACCUCCUCUUCCGCCCCCUUCUCCCACCUCCUCUUCCGCCCCCUUCUCCCACCUCCUCUUCCGCCCCCUUCUCCCACCUCCUCUUCCGCCCCCUUCUCCCACCUCCUCUUCCGCCCGUUCUCCCACCUCCUCUUCCGCCCCUUCUCCCACCUCCUCUUCCGCCCGUUCUCCCACCUCCUCUUCCGCCCGUUCUCCCGCCUCCUCUUCCGCCCCUUCUCCCACCUCCUCUUCCGCCCCUUCUACCACCUCCUCUUCCGCCCCCUUCUCCCACCUCCUCUUCCGCCCCCUUCUCCCACCUCUUCCGCCCGUUCUCCCACCUCCUCUUCCGCCCGUUCUCCCACCUCCUCUUCCGCCCGUUCUCCCACCUCCUCUUCCGCCCCUUCUCCCACCUCCUCUUCCGCCCCUUCUCCCACCUCCUCUUGUUAUCGUCCUCGCAACUCUUGUUAUCCAGCCUGUCAAUUUUCCUGCAGCUGUGUCAGCUAAUUUAAUUGUGUUCUUUAAAACUAAUGUUUAG